CACAAUGCCACCUAACAGAAGCAAGAGCCGAUACUCGCGGUCACAGACGCAGGCACCUGCGCACCCGCCGCAGAUCGUGGUGACGCCGAUGCCGCGCCGCUCCGUGUUUCGGGACGCGGCUGCCAUUGCAGGAGGCGUUACUGUCGGCACCGCUGUGGGUCACGUAGCGGGUGAGGCGAUAACAAGUCUGUUCAGUGGUCCGCGGCGUCACGAAGUGGUGGAGGCGCUGCCGCGCGGCUACCAGCCCGGCGCGGAGCCGAGCGGCCCGUGUGCUUAUGAGAUCGCGCAGUUCCUGCACUGCGCCACCAAUAGCGCCGAGCUGUCAGAGUGUGCCGCAUUCAAUGAAGCGCUCAGGGAGUGCAAAAGACGGAAUAAUAUACCAUAAAUCUUGAAGUAUGAAAUUAGACCCUCCAAUAUAAAAACAGAAAAAUUUGACAUUGCAAAGCGUCAUAAAAUUUAUGAAUAAAUA